GUUCUGCUGUCGGGCAGCCCAGGAGCCGAGCGAGCAUGCGGGGGGACUCGGCGGCCAGGCUCCCGGCUGUGCGGUGGCUGCUGUGGGCGCUGCCGCCGCUGCUGCUACGGCUGUCGUCCAAAGUGGCAGCGGCGCCCGUAGUGGAGCUUUUCCCCCAUGGGGAAUCGCUGGGGGACCAGCUACUGCCGGAAGGCGACGACGAGAGCGCAGAGGUGACUUUGGCGCAUCCUCUGCACUUCUAUGAAGCCCAGUUUAGUAAACUCUACGUGGGCACCAAUGGCAUCAUCUCGACCCAAGAUUUCCCCAGGGAGACCCAGUAUGUGGACGAUGUUUUCCCCACCGACUUCCCUGCCAUAGCCCCAUUCCUGGCUGAUCUGGACACCAGCGGGGGCCGGGGGAAGAUUCUGUACCGCGAGGACAUGACCCCAGCUGUGCUAGACCUGGCCGCCAAAUUCGUACGCUCCAGUUUCCCUCACAACGGCUUGCACUUCACUCCCAUCCACACUUUCCUGGUCACCUGGAAGCAAGUGGGCGCCUACCAGGAAGACAAGCUCGGGACGACCCCCUCGAAAGCUCUGAAUACUUUCCAGGCAGUGUUGGUGUCUAAUGAAACCGAUUCCUACGCCUUCUUUCUUUAUCCUAUCAACGGCCUUCAGUUCUUUGGAACACACCCCAAGGAGAGUUACAGUGCCCAGCUCAUGCUUACUGCUCGGGUGGGCUUCUGCCGAGGGGAGCUUGACGAGAAGACCGAUGGACCCUACCUCAGCUUGACUAGCACAAAACAGACUCUGCAAACUCUCUCCCAACAUAGCAACCUCGAGGUCGGCGGAGUGUGGGCUUUUCGUAUCGGCAGCACAUCCCCCAUGUAUAAUAUCGAGCCAGCAGCAUAUGGGGGAGAAUUCUCCAAACCCUACCCUGCAGCUCUCCGGGAGAAUCCCUCCAGCCAAGAAGCUUCCCUGGAAAGUGAGAAGAAUGGAGACCAUUUAACUUAUCCUGAGAAAGGGGAUCAGGUGGAGCACCCCUUGACUGAUCCAGAGGUAUCAUCCUUCACCCAAGACAGAACCCAGACUUCCUUCCAUUCUGAAGAUCAUUUAACACCUAAUGAAGCCUCCCCAUUCAGAGCUUCCAGCAAGGAAACCUGUGAACAGAACCACAUGCAGUGCUCACAACAUGCCUUCUGCACCAACUAUCCCACUGGUUUCUGCUGCCACUGUCACUCCAAGUACUACGGAAACGGGAUACACUGUCUGCCCGAAGGGGCACCAAACCGAGUGAUUGGGAAAGUGAGCGGCCACCUCCGCGUGGGCCACGACUCCAUGGACUUCUCCGACUUGGACCUGCAUAGUUACAUGGUGGGCAAUGACGGCAGAGCAUACACGUCCAUCAGCUCCUUCCCAGUGCCCGCUGCCCGGGCCUUACUCCCUCUCAUCCCCAUCGGGGGCCUAUUUGGCUGGCUCUUUGCUUUAGAAAAACCAGGCUGGGAGAAUGGCUUCCGACUUACAGGUGCUACCUUUAUCCAGGACAUGGAAAUUACUUUCAACCCAGGAGGGGAGAGGGUUCAAAUCACUCAAAGAGCUGAGACAUUUGACUCUGAGAACAAUAUGUAUGUUCAUACCCACAUUCAUGGCCAGCUACCUUCCAUUCAGCUACCUUCUGCUGUUGAUAUAGAGCCCUACAAGGAGCUUUACCAUUACUCAGACUCAGCUGUGACCUCCACAAGUACUAGAAACUACACUCUCAGGCGUGGCGCUGUCAGGGAGAACAGGUCCUACCACGUUCGCCAGAACAUCACUUACCAGACGUGCAAGCACGCCCCCAGGCACGGGGCCCUCCACCUCACCCAGCAGCUCACCGUGGAUCGGGCCUUCGUCUCAUACCUCGAAGGCGAAAAUAUGCUUACAUAUGCUGUGAGCAAUCAGAUGGGCCCUGUUGAAGGAGACUAUGAUGGGACCACAGUGAAUCCAUGCUUUGAUGAGAGACACACUUGUGACACAAAUGCUCGGUGCCAGCCGGCAUCAGGUGUGCUUUACACCUGCGAAUGCAUACCUGGGUUCCAUGGGAAUGGAUGGACGUGUCUGGAUAUCAAUGAAUGUUCGUCCGACUUACACAACUGUGGCCCCAACUCCAUUUGCAUCAACCUGGUAGGAAGCUACAGGUGUGACUGCGUCAGUGGUUACCAGCUGGCAGAUGACUUACACACUUGCACCCUUAUUGAACAAGUUACCAACCCCUGUGAGGAUGGCAGUCAUACCUGUGCUCCCGCCGAUCAGGCCCGGUGCAUCUACCACGGAGGACGCUCAUUCAGCUGCACCUGCCUGCCUGGCUACGUGGGCGAUGGGCACAGGUGUACUGAUGUUGAUGAAUGCUCAGAGAACACAUGUCACCCCUCAGCUAACUGCUUUAACACCCCUGGCUCCUUUUCCUGUUACUGCCAGCCUGGAUACAAUGGGGAUGGCUUUCACUGCCAUGAGGAUAGCUCAUCCAAACUGAAACCCUGUGAACAACAGUAUUUAGAUGCCCUGGCUCAGGCCGCCGAUCCUCAGAGCCGGAUCAACAUUCCCCACUGCGAUGAUCAGGGCAACUACAUGCCCCUACAGUGUCACAGCAGCACCGGCUUCUGCUGGUGUGUGGAACCUGAUGGCAAACGGGUCCCUGAUACCUUGACUCCACCAGGCUCCAUCCCCCCUGAGUGCGGGCCACCACCAGAGGCCAUCCAAAGACCACCAACUAUGUGUCAGCGCUGGCGGGCACAGCUGUUGGAAGUCUACAAGGGACAGCCUAAGGAUGACCAGUACCUGCCUCAGUGUGACGACGAGGGUGAGUUCAUUCCAGUGCAGUGCCAGGGCAACAGUGACUUCUGCUGGUGUGUCAACAAAGAAGGCAAAGAAGUGUCACGUCCCUAUGUCUCACCACAGGGCACCCUUAAAUGUGACCUCAUGCCUGCUCCAGAUGUGCACCAGCCCACCACUGAGCCUGAGAUCAAACCUCCCUUCCUGCUCUAUGCUCAUGGCACACAGAUUGGCUACAUGCCCCUCCGCGGCACCCAUUUUCAGAAGGACAAAGCCAAGCCCCUGCUGUCACUGCAGGGCUCCAUCACCGUAGGGAUUGACUAUGACUGCCGAGAGAAGAUGGUGUACUGGACAGACGUUUCUGCACGUACCAUUAACCGCGUUAAAUUGGAACCAGGGGCAGAACGUGAGGUUGUUAUUGAUUCAGGUGUGAUCAGCCCUGAAGGACUUGCCCUUGAUGUAUAUCACAGAAGGAUGUACUACACGGACAGUGUCCUGGAUAAGAUAGAAACGGCCCGGCUGGAUGGCUCUGACCGUCAGAUUCUCUUUCACAAGAACCUGGUGAACCCCCGGGCCAUCACUCUGGAUCCAAUUCAACGAAACUUGUACUGGACAGACUGGAACCGAGAAGCUCCUAAAAUUGAGACAUCUACUUUAGAUGGAAGAGAUAGAAGAAUUCUGGUGUAUCAACACCUUGCACUACCCAAUGCUUUAACCUUUGACCAUGUUAACAGACAGCUCUGCUGGGCAGAUGCAGGAACCACUACUUUGGAAUGUGCACAGCCUGAUGGAUCUGGACGAAGAAUUAUCAAUAGCAACCUCAACUACCCCUUCAGUAUUGUCAGCUAUGAAGAUCACUUCUACCUCACGGACUGGAGGAGGGAUGGUAUCAUAGCAAUAAACAGAACUAGUGGCCAGUUUAGUGAAGAGUAUCUCCCAGACCAGCGAACUCAUCUCUACGAGAUAACUCUCGUCCAACCCUUCUGCCCAGCAGGUAAAUAA